CAAACCCAAAUAGAACCCCAGCGAACGUGCUCAUUUUAUGAAACACAAAAAGCAGUAAUCUCCCUUAGUUCUACUGUCAAAAAAUGGAUCACUCUCAAGUGAUCGAAAAAGCUAAAGCUGCAAAAGAAUACGUAACUCAAACAUAUCCGUACUACAAGGUUUACCGGGAAUGUCAGACAAGGGCAUUUUCCAAAGGUUCAGCAACCCUGAUUGCAGCGGGUGCAGGAGUUUAUAUACUUCAAGAAAUAUUCCGGAAGAAACUCCCAUACGAGAGAACUGCUUUCAUGAUGAUGCCCAUCCUGCUUGGAACUGUGGCAGCGUAUGCGGUCACGCGACAUGAGACAAAGGUCUGUCAACACAUGUGGAUGGCGCUGGAGGAAAAACACUCGGUUAUUACACCAGCUUCAGAGAGAAAGGAACUAGCACAAGAAGCAGAGAAUGAAACUAUUAUGGUAAACUAGUUAGGGUUUUCCCCACAAGAGUGUACUGGUUCUGUUGUGGACUUUCAAUCUGGAACUACAAGACAUCAUUUCCAAUUAUGUUCACCAGUAGACUAUAGUGGUGUAACGACUUUCCACAUAUUGGAAUGGGAAGUUUUUUGGGGGGGUUUUCUGUUUACUAAAAUGAACAUGAGACUUGUCAAAAGAAAAAGAAAAAAACCCCUCAUGUUUUUCACUGUGAACAGUUCGUUAUGGUUUUGUUUCUAUACUAACACAAAUAUAUUAUAAUGAAUGUGUGUGCCAGCCUUCGAGGAAACAGAGAAAAAUGUGUACACAAAUGACAUGUGUAUUUUUCUUUAUCUCCAGUGGCAUGUAUUGUACUGUCUUGUCUAUAGAAAAGUGACUAUACUAUAAAAGAUCCCCGUGUAAUUUUUUUGUAGGAGAGGCAGCAUUAAGUUUUGUCUCACCUUUUGUCAACCAAGUGUUAAAAUAACAUCAAACAGCUGUAGGUUUUAGCGUACGGAGAUGUUGUUGAACAACUAUUCCUUUCUUCUAUCUCUCUCACCCACCCCCAAUUUUAAAUUUAAAUAUCAUACCAUGAGAUAUUUAAUUCAGUUUAAAUGGUUAGAUUUGUUGUAGUUUGCAUAUUUGCAAGGACCAUUGGUAUUGUAAACAAGAUCCGUUAUUAUUAGGUUUAGCUAUUGCCAGUAAUUUUAGUAUUGAGAUACGUAUGGCAAUAUAUUGUGGAAUAUGUAAAUGUUUGAAAAAAAGAAAGAUGUGUUCAUUGAAUAAACUGUUACUAUUGGC